CGAAACGAAAGUUGGUAAUGGCGGCAGCGUUUGGACUGUGCUGAAAAGGCAGUUUCGAAAAUUGUCAUGUGGUUUUGAUAGAUGGAUGAUGAAUGGGACUGAUUCCUGCCGAAAAAGUAAAAGAAAGCGAAAAAGGAAGACAAGAUCUGAAAGAAAUCAGAUGUCUCAACAUUUGGUUCAGGUUCAGGAUCAGCAAGGAAAAUGCAAUGAUGGAAAACCCAGGAAAAGUUCCAAGGACAAAAAAGAAGGAACUUUAAGAACCUAUACUCUGAGAUCAGGAAGGGGUGUCUCUCACAUUCCUAAAGCUCAGGAUUACAAAAGGGAGACUACAGGGACAAUAACUCAGCACAGAUUGACGGUACCGAGACAAUAUGCCAUGCUUGCCAAUGCCAAGUCAUCUGACUGGGUCAAAAGAGGCCAAAUUCCAGAAUCUGAGUCUGUGAAGAAGAUGGUGGACCUGGAUAUGCAGAAAAUUCUUACCAUGGCAGAUCAUUUACGACAAGGGGAGAAUGUGAAUACAGCACACCCCCAGCCAGCACUGGCUGUUGUUAGUUGCCCAGCCAGCCCUGAAGCUGGUGCAUCUGUUCCUGAGGUGUGUCAGACUGAUUUGAGCUUACAGAACAAUAAAGGGAACAACUUUGAGAAAUUGCUUGUUCCAAGUAAUUGCUUGGAAAAGGGUCCAGAAUCCAUGACGCCAGAGACUGGUACUGGUACCAAACAGACUCCGGGAGACUCUGGAUUCAGUGCUGCCUCACAGAGAUCUGUUCCCAUGGGAGAUGAUAUUGAAACUAAAGCAGUAAUCAAGCCUAUAGCAGGUGGAAUGUUGAAAGAACCGAAAGCAAAUGUCUUCAAAAUGUUUGGAAAAAGAGAUUAUGGCUGUGAAUGUAGACAAGAAGUCAAAAAAUGUUGGCAACAGAGCAAAUGCAGCAGAACCUUCCAUUUGAACCAUACAGGCAGAAGAUCUCCGCUAUCUGAUGAAUAUGAACCAGUUUCAGCACUGUCGUCUUGUCGUGUGUACUCAAUGAGAACGCAAUCUCAAGGUGAUGUUUUGACUGGGACAAAUUACGAAGAUAAACCACAAUUUUUCUUUGGCACACCUACAUGUUCUGGACCUGAAAGUUCCAUCUUCCUUCCAGCGACAGCGACCAGCUACAGCAUGGACUCGUCCCAGAGCAUUGAGCCAGCCAUCAACAUCUGUAUUAACCCUGAGGACAUGGAGCUGGACCAAGAUGAUGAUGGGGACAAGGACUCUGGCCUGUCUCUGGCCAAAUACAAUGCGUUUAUUGCUUCAGCAAAGAAAUUGGAAGCCGAGCAGCAAGCACUAAGACAUAUGCAAGAACACCAUUUGCAUGGAAAGGAAAUUUCAGGAACAAGAGACGACUGGAGUUUAGCAGGCCACCAACGAUCCCUGACAGGCUCACAAAAUUUUUUGGGUCAAGAAGGAUCUCGGUUCGGCCUUCACAGUUCUAAUGGGAAAGUUUUUACUCAAACCAGUGCACUCAGCUAUCCCUCCUUUGGUGUGGUGUCCCAUGGUGCCCCAAGAACAUUUGUCAGCAGCCAAUCUGACCCAUCCAUCUCAUUAGAGAAAGAGGACUGCUGUGAUCAUCACUGUCUGUGCCCACUGCAUCACUGGCAAAAGUUUAACCAAUGCCACCAACUUCAUGACUCUGGAUGCGUGCCUUUGGCAUACACAGGCAACAUUCCUGAGACUCGGACCGACCAUAAUCCUGUGGGGAAAUGUCAGAGACACUCGACUAGCCGCAUGCAUGGACUUGCUAAUUCUCGACAUAAACUGCAGACAGCUCUUCAUGCAGCGUGCCAGAGGCCUUGCUCUAACUUGUAUGCAGACAAUGCAGGGUCCAGAAUUUUCUCUUUUCCGAAUAUAGGUCCAGACGGUCAAGAUUCUCGACCUAUUAACACCUCUGAUAAUUGCUGGUCCCACAAGCCUUGGUACAUGUCAGAACUUCGCAACCAUCAGGUGGAUCUGCAGAGACAGGCUCAUGACUUCCUCAGCAGCCAUGAGCAAGCAGGAGUAAACCUGCAUGUUGAUGAGUGCACUGGCCUUGCUCCUCGCUCCCCACUGUGUCAGGUCAGCUCACCAGGCUCCAAUGGCUCCCCUGUGUGGCUGGCCUCCUCUGUCCUCAAGGAUAUGAUGCUCUGAGUGCAACGCUGUGGUCACUAAAUAUUGCAUGUGUCACGACGCGGUGGAAUCAGUUGCUCGUCAAUUUUUGGAGUGUAUUGAGUUAUUGGUGCCAUCUUAAAGCUUGUUAAUUUGUCUUGCUUUCAAUGAAAAAAUACCCAUGUCUUGAAUAGAAGUUGAUAUAUUAUUUGCAUUUGAAGGAGACGGGUCAACGGGUGCUAGCGGUAAAAUUAGCAUGAAAAUGCUGCCAAAGUUUGGUGACUUCCAAAGUUUGUGGGUCCUUGAAAACUUCACAUUUACAAUUUUUAGGCCUUUGAUCAACGUUUUUCAGUAAAAUCCACACAGAAGUGUGUUUUUUAAAGAGAAAUAAAAGGUGUUGAGUAAAAAAAAAAUAAGUUUUAAUUGCCCAACGGCCAGAAAAAUGGCGGUUUCUUUGACGAGCGCCUGAUUUCACCACGAUGCUUCACAUAUGGCUAGACUGCUAGAAUGUGACCAGAAACAAACCUAGUGUCAACAGAGGCUUCUGCAGUGACAUUUCACAUUAUAGAAGUGAUACAACAUUCAAAAAUGUUGAAACUGUAGAAUGUAAUCCACUUGUAAUAAACUCUCAUAAAAUGAA